AUGGAGGGUGACUACCUCGAAUUAGGGAAUACUGCUUCAGCACCAGCUUAUGCCGAAAGAAAUAAAUAUGCAUUUGGCUAUCAUGAUGUUGAAUACUUGGUGCAUACUGUUUCUGCCAAGUGUGUGAAAGCAGACCCAAAGAAGACUGCUGCAAUGUUAGAUUGGCCAACACCAUCUUCUGUUAAAGCUUUGAGGGGGUACUUAGGUCUGACUGGGUAUAACAGGAAGUUUAUACCGAAUUAUGGGCACAUAGCUGCUCCUUUAACCAAUAUCCUUAAGAAAGAUGCCUUUCACUGGUCUAACCAAGCUGAUCUAGCUUUUCAAAAGCUGAAAUCUAUUGUGGCUGCUCCUCCUGUCUUAGCUCUCCCAGACUUUUCUAAAACCUGUCUUACUGAAUGUGAUGCAUCUGGGAUAGCAUUGUCUCACCCUUAUACUGCCUCUAAGGUGGCUGCUCUCUAUGUUCAGCAUGUCCUAAAGCUGCAUGGGAUGCCUACUUCCAUAAUUAGUGACAGAGAUCCAAGCUUCACCUCAGCCUUUUGGUCAGAACUGAUGACAUUGCAGGGAGUGCAGCUUGCUAUGUUUUCUGCAUAUCUUCCUCAAACUGAUGGGCAGACAGAGGUGGUAAAUAAGAGCCUUGAACAUUAUUUGAGGUCAUUUGCUGGAGAUAGACCUCAGGAGUGGGUUGAAUGGGAACAAAUACUAUCUUUGCUAAAACAGACUCUGAUGUUGGCUCAACAAAUUAUGAAAAAGCAGACUGACAAGCAUAGAUCUGCAAGGUCAUUUCAGAUAGGGGAUUGGAAUUCAUCCUGUGUUCCAUGUUUCCUGUUUCAAGAAGAAGGGUCAAGGUGUAUCUCCUAUGAUCACCCUACCAGCAUCGUCACCCCUGAACCAAUAGCUAUUUUACAGGAAAGGGUGCACCUGCUCAGAAAUAGGACCAUCACGGAGGUCUUAGUUCAGUGGCAAGGCUGUGCUCUUGAGAAUGCUACUGGGGAGAAUUUGCAUGCCUACAAACAAAAGUUUCCUCACCUUGUGGACAAGGUUCUUUAA